AUGGCUAUACUCAGUACUACUCCGCCCGACAAGUCAAGCCCUCUCCUCCCCCCAUCCCCGCCGGCAACAGCAGAAUGCCCUGUGAAGGAAAUCGACAUCGACAUCGUUGACGGCGACGAUAGUGACCACCCACUCCCCGACCCUCUUCAACGACACAAAAUUCUGUCUGAGACGCGUGACGUUCCGGAAUUCGCAUACUUCACUCUCGACCAGAAACAGUACCGCAAACUCUAUACAAAGAUCGAGCAAACCUUCAGAAGAUUCGACUACGAACCUAAGCGCAGCCGUCUCACGAUUCGCAUGCCUUCACCAACUCAUGACUACUUCGCCACCUAUUUCAGAGACGAGAUCUGUAAAGAAUUGAACAAGAUUGCCAGCAACCGUAGUGACGAGGCAAAACCCUUUGCCGAAAAAGUCAUAAGCGCCCUAGGUUCCCGCGUCUUCCUUGCAGAGACGGAUGACGAGAACGGCCCGAUUAAGCGUGAACCAGAUAUUCAGUUCCAUUACCCUGGGGCAAGGUAUCCUGGAAUAGUAGUUGAGGUAUCGUAUUCUCAGGAUGGUAAAGAUCUGAGGAGACUUGCGCAAGACUACAUUCUUUACUCGAACGGCGACAUCAAGCUUGUGAUUGGUGUCGAUCUCAACUACCGUGGCAAGCCAUCCACAGUAUCUCUCUGGCGUCCCAAGUUUACCAAGUCCGAAGAUGGCCUCGACUUGGAAACGUUUGAGGACGUCCACGAGCUGCCGUUCCGCUCAUCCGAUGGCGACGCCUUGAAUCCCGACCAGUCGCUAACGAUUGACAUCCGCGACUUUGCUACAGAUGAACUAUCCGAGACUUGGCCCGCCGCCACGAUCAACAUCCUGUUGUCCCGACUUGCCCAAUACGCCCAAGACGCCCAGCAGCGGCAGAAGGAACAGGAACCCACCCGCCCAGACGACAGCGUCAAAUCAAGGCGACGGCUAAUAAGGAAGCGCAGAUGGUCGUCCAGUUCCGCGGAAGAGCUGAGAUCCGAGGACGAGGCAAAGUAUUCUAAGGAGGAGGAUGCUGUUGCGCGGAAGUACCACGCGUUGGAUGCAGACUACGGGCCACCGGCAGCUAAGCGAAAAGGCUAG